AUGGAUAUGAUAGUGAGGUGUUGUGAUGGAAGAAAACGAGGGAAGGAGAAACAUAGGAAGAUGAAGAAGGGAAGAAAGGAGAAACAGAGGAAGAUGAAGAAGGGAAGAAAGGAGAAACAGAGGAAGAUGAAGAAGGGAAGAAAGGAGAAAAAGAGGAGGAAGAAGAAGGGUACAUUGAAGAAAAGUAUCAUAUCGAUCUUGCUCUCAUGGCCUCAGAUGAUUCAUUAG